GGAGGGGGGGGAGAAGGUGUGAGGGAAUAGCAAACGAGAAAGAAAGAGAUGUGUCAGUGAGUUCCCGCGAGAUGUGACGGAAGCCUGUGGAGGACCUGGGCUUUAAUGUGCGGUUCGGCCGGUGGUCGUGUGUGGGGACCAUUGUCAUGAAAAGGAGACUAUAAUAAAUUCACCUUAUGAAAAUCAGCUUACAUGUGAAAUCUGCCAGGUAAUACAAGGACCUGUGGAAUAUGAGUGAUGACAAACCCUUUUUAUGCACUGCCCCUGGAUGUGGACAGCGUUUUACCAACGAGGAUCAUUUGGCUGUCCAUAAACAUAAACAUGAGAUGACACUGAAAUUUGGUCCAGCUCGUAAUGACAGUGUCAUUGUAGCUGAUCAGACCCCGACACCUACCCGAUUCCUGAAGAAUUGUGAAGAAGUGGGUUUAUUCAAUGAACUAGCAAGUCCAUUCGAAAAUGAAUUCAAAAAGGCUUCUGAAGAUGACAUUAAAAAAAUGCCUCUAGAUUUAUCACCUCUUGCAACACCAAUUAUAAGGAAUAAGAUCGAAGAGCCUUCAGUUGUUGAGACAACUCACCAGGAUAGCCCUUUACCUCAUCCAGAGUCUACUACCAAUGAUGAAAAGGAAGUAUCUCUGCAGCAGACAGCGCAGCCUACAUCAACAAUUGUUCGUCCGGCUUCCCUACAAGUUCCUAAUGUGUUGCUUGCAAGUUCUGACUCAAGCGUCAUUAUUCAGCAAGCCAUACCUUCACCAACUUCUAGCACCGUCAUAACACAGGCACCAUCCUCCAAUAGGCCAAUAGUACCGGUGCCAGGCCCUUUCCCUCUGCUGUUGCAUCUUCCUAAUGGACAAACCAUGCCUGUUGCUAUUCCUGCCUCGAUCACAAAUUCUAACGUGCACGUCCCAACCGCAGUUCCACUUGUUCGACCUGUCACCAUGGUGCCUACUAUCCCAGGAAUUCCCGGGCCCUCCUCCCCACAGCCGGUGCAGUCAGAAGCUAAAUUGAGAUUAAAGGCUGCUUUGACCCAGCAGCACUCUCAGGUAACGAAUGGAGAUACUGCCAAGGGACAGACGAGCGGAUUGGUUAGAACUCGGUCCGAAGAAGCACGACCGCAAUCGCUACAGCAACCUGCCACUUCUACUACUGAAACACCGGCUUCUCCAGCUCAGCCUGCGCCUCAAACUCCAAAUACAGGCGGUCGCCGAAGAAGAGCAGCGAACGAAGAUCCUGAUGAGAAGAGGCGAAAAUUCCUAGAACGGAACAGAGCAGCUGCUUCAAGAUGUAGGCAGAAAAGGAAAGUCUGGGUACAGUCUUUGGAAAAGAAAGCGGAAGAUCUAAGCUCAUUAAAUGGUCAACUACAGAAUGAAGUCACCCUGCUGAGAAAUGAAGUGGCACAGCUGAAACAGCUUCUUCUGGCUCAUAAAGAUUGCCCUGUAACCGCCAUGCAGAAGAAAUCUGGCUAUCAUACUGCAGAUAAAGAUGAUAGUUCUGAAGACAUUUCAGCACCAAGUAGUCCUCACACAGAAGCUAUUCAGCAUAGUUCCGUCAGCACUUCCAAUGGAGUAAGUUCGACUUCCAAGGCAGAAGCAGUGGCAACAUCCGUUCUCACCCAGAUGGCAGACCAGAGUACAGAGCCGGCGCUUUCGCAGAUUGUAAUGGCUCCUCCGUCCCAAUCGCAGCCUUCGGGAAGUUGAUUAAAAAACUUGUGUUGUUUCUUAGAUAUUCCUUAGCAACUUCAAAGGGAAACCAAGGAAAUCAGCCUUCACCUAGGAGAAUUUCUGUAGCUUAAAAAUUAUUCAUCUGUAAAAUGCAAACUUGAAUUUGGCUUUGAAAGUUAGCAAACAAAAGGUAUUGCACAGCAGGUUCUGGUCUCUUAAUAGAUGCCCAGGUUAGUUUUUAUUUUUAUUUUCAAUUAGGAUUGCUAAUUAUUUUCAGUGCUCGUUGUGUAAAGUGUUGGUACAGUUGAAAUGUACUUGCUUCUCUAGCAUUUGGUGGUAUUCCAGGAAUUGUUGAGAUCAGUUAUUUAAUGCUCGUCCCCAAAACUGUGAUAGUAAUCUUGUAACAUUUUAUACCAAAGUUCUGCAUAGAUUCCUAUUGACUUUGUAUAGUCAACAAGAUCAUAAAGCACUAGGCAAGAGGGGAGGCGGGAGGCGGGGAAAAAGGAACAGUAAAUUUGCUUUGAGUCUUUUUGCCUUUAUAUUGUUUUGCACAUUCUGAAAGGAAAACCAUUGGGAGAAUAUGUUUGAUGAUAUUGUGUAGCAUUUUCUUUGGCUUUUUACUGUUUGGGUGUUAUUGGGUUUUUUGUUUUUUUUAAAGGAUAUUGUUUAAUAGGGCCAGUACAGUAUAUGAUAUACAGUACUUUUUAUGCACAUAUGUAAUCUUGAUCAGGGUCAUUACUAGCUAGAUUUUCUUUUCUUUUUUUAAAAAAAACCCGAUGUUGGCUUAGUUAGCAGUUCCAUUUUUAAAAAUCGGGAGCUUCAUUUCUGCAGCUACUCUCAUCUCACUAGACUGACAAAGAACAGCAGACAAAUACUCUACAGGGUUAUGAAAGACAAAAUACUUUUUUUUAAAAGUCAACUUGAUGUUUUGUGGAUUCUUGAGUUUUUAAAGUGAGGAUCUUGUUCAUGCACCAAUACGGUAUGGAUGCCAGGGAAGUUUUUAAAAAUUCCUCUCAUCGAGCAACUCAAGAUUUUUUUUCUUUUUGGGGGGGUCAUUGUCAAGUAUUUGCAAGGUAACUUGUACUUUAUUCUUGUGUAAGCACUGUCACCCUUUAGUAGCAAAUUUUUGAUAAUGUUCUUGUGGAAAAAUAAAAAUCGAUAUCUACCGUUCCGUGGAAACAAUGUAAUUAUAGUGUGAAGUGUGUUUGUGUGUGAAAGAGAGACAAGACAGGGCGAGAAUGGUUCUGUAGUUUCCGCCAGCAAUCUGUGCUUGAAUGUUUUAAAGAUGCCUUCAAUGUGAUGCUGGCUUCAUAGAGGACUGAAAUUUUGGAAAUGUUAUUUACUAUGUGAACUUGGAUAACUAACAUUCCAUGAUGUCGUUUGUUUCUGAUGAGAUGAUUGUAGGUACACUUUUUUCUCACUAUCCAAUCAUCUGUAGGAUAGUGAGGUUUUUUAAAAAAAAUGUGCCAUUGCCUAUUUUAAUUCUGUACUCCAUGUUCAAAAAUACAGUAUACUAUUUUAUGAUUCAGUUGUAAAAGAACAAAAAGAUUAGUUGUGUGCUUUCCACGUUUAAAAAAAAACACUAUUGUAUAAUAGCAAAGUAAAUUACACAGUAGCAACAUCUGGCAGUAAAACAGAACUCUUAUUAUGUAUAUAACAAAACACUUUAAUGCAUUUAAUUGUGGGUUGCGUAACUCAUUUGUUCUGCUCUGUUCUACACUCUGUUUUUAACCUAGGUGCCAUCAAAGCUAUGAAAUGAGACAUUCACUUUUUAAAUCAUUGAAUUUUAAUUGGUGUUACUGGCAAGAGGGCAACUCUUAAUUUGUAUGAUGUACAACCAAACAAGAAUGGAAGCUGAACAAAGUCAUCUUAAAUUAUGUAUAUAUCUUUUCAGUGCUUUAAGUCUGAAAAAUAAGAAUUUAAAUAUUUUGUGUAUUGAAAAAUGUAAGGAUACAUGUUUUUUGCAAAGGCUGCAAAAAGUAUCUAAAUGUAUUGGUUUUAUCAGGUUUUUUUUUUUUUACGAAUUUUGGGAAAUAUGUUUUCAGAACUUUUUUUUUUUUAAGUACCACAAGGACAGUGAGAAAAUCUCAGGCACAAGAUGUGAAUUCCGCAAGAAAAUUCUACAGAUAAUUGCCCCGAUCCAGCUUUGGUCAUACCAGAAUAUGAUGGGGGAUGGAGGAUACGUUGUGAAUGUCCAUCCAUUGGGAAGCAAUGCAGUGCAAACAAAAGGCAUAUAUAUUCUUGUGCUUUUACGUAUCCAAUUCCACACGUACAUCUCCAAUUUGGAUCAGGGCAAGUGUCUCCCAUUGCACAUUGGGUGAACUAGAUGUGGACCAGCAUGGUUACAUUUGCUCCCCCCAAAUAUUAUGGGCAUAAUUCACCAGACACUGCUCUGCUACCUCCCUUCAUCUCUGUUCCCAAGUAGCCCACUGAAAUGAAUGGUGUUUCUGCAGUAGCGAUGCCUGGUGCUAUAAUAAGGCAGUCCUAUUUUAAAAAUCUUAUUUAAUAUAAAAGUUGUUUCUUUUUUCUUUUCUUUUUUUAGUAAUAAAGCUGUUGCUGUUGUAAAUCUAAUUAUGUGUGAGGAUACAUGUAAAUGAUUUUAAUGGUAGGGUUAGUAAAGAAAAUCCUAUCUUAUGUUCAGCAAGAAGAAAAAAAAAACCUCAAGUUGUACAACCAUCAAUUCCGUUUUAAAAUGUAUGUCACACUACUUCUGUACAUCGCAUCUGAGAUCUUUGCAUUUGACAUGUUUCACAAACUGUACUGUUAUCUUCCGUGUGCAGUUUGCAUGAGUAAAUCAUCAGAGAAUAAAAUCUAUCUUUAAAUUGUA